UCUGUGUAAUGAAGUCUGCUUUGUAGAACUUACAUAUAUACAUACUUAUGUAUAUGUACAACAAUUUCUAUUUUACCAAUAAAAAAUAUGAAUAUUUCAUUAUUUGCCGAAUUUAGCCCUAUAGUGAAUUUAGUGUAGUUUGUACGAGUACCAUAUUUGCAAAGUGUUGAGUUCUAUUAAAUUCGUAUGCUUUGGUUUGGCGUUUGUGAAAAGUUUACCUGAAAAUCCUGCAAAUUACUCCUAUAUAUACAUACAUACAUUAAAAAAAAUGGAAAUACCAUUAUCGAUGCUGUUGUUGCUCUGCCUGGUAUUUACCAUUAUAGGAGCGGCUCUGAUGUUAUUGCUGCAAUAUUACCUUUACUUACGAUUUUCCAUACUUCCGGAGGCGAGUGCUGAACAAAAGGAUAUCAACACGAAAUACUCACUACCAGCGAGAAUUCAGCAGACAGCACGUGCCAUAAAUCUAUCGUCACCUGCAGCGGCGACAACCGGGCACACACACACUGCUGGUGCGACAGAUGCAGCACCAUUAAUGUCAAUUAACUUUGUGAUGCAAUUCCUUUUUCAUGAAUUGAAAAAUUCGAGUCGCGUGCGAAAGUGGUUCUAUCGUAAAUUAUCGCUAGAACUCGAUGAGCUGUUGGCAAAAACAACGACUGGAAAAUUAUUCGACAAACUGACGAUAAAAGAACUGGAAUUGGGUGACCAAUUUCCAGAGAUUAGAAACUUACGUGUACAUAACGUGGAAUUGGAUGAUGCCGGUGAUCGUAUUGAAAAUCUUGAUAUUUUGCUAGAAAUUCACUACACAGGAAAUUUCCGUACAUGGAUCGAUGCUGAUAUGGUGCUGGGCAAAAAGGGAUCUCUCACAUUAAUUGUGAAGCAAUUAUCCGGCUUGGCGCGCCUUCAAUUUACACGCGAUCCUUAUACCCACUGGUCCUUGAGUUUUCUCGGUGAUCCAGAACUUGAUUUGGCCAUCGAGUCUAAAUACCAAGGACGUCAAAUGCAAUCAAAUAUUACCAGCCUCAUUUCCAAUCAAAUACGAAAGGCUGUGCGACGCAAGCACACGCUGCCAAAUUAUAAACUACGCUACAAACCAUUCUUCCACAAGACACCCGAAGAAGAUGCUGGCGAUGGUGACAUACAGCCAAAUGGCACACUGGAGGUUAAGGUAUCGGAAAUUUCACGACUUAUGUGCCCGGAAGUUGUGACAGAGAUUUAUUGUACAUUAACUUUGGCGUCACUGGCGUUUGUGGAAAUACGUCAGAAAGAUAAUCGUAAUGUAGUAGUUUCAAUGGAUGUGGAAAUACAUAAGGCAAAAAAUCAGCAGGUUGGCAUACUAUUUAGGCAAAUAUCAGAGCAAGGCGUGGAAAUCGAGGCGGUGUUGCCCAAUACGCCUGCCUGUAAAUCGGAUUUGCGUGCAGGGGAUAUGUUGACUGCCAUCGAAGGCAAGCGCGUUAUAUCUAUCCAACAAGUGGCGAAAAUUUUCAAGAGUUUGCAGGCUUCUGUUUUCCGGUUGCGUAUCGAACGCAUUAUACCAGGCAUCAUAAGAAACGAUGCUAUUUUGGAAGACCUCGAACUGUACGAAGAUUUGGGCGAUGCGCAUAUGGGCUACGGUGUAGGCAAGACAUCAACCGAGGCAGAGUUGGGUGGAAAGCAGACGAUUUCACGCCCAGGUACAGCUGAAAAGUGUACUUCCAGCGAAUCUAGCCAUGGCAACACACCUACUAGCUCACCAAAGAAGACCAAGCUUAUUACAAAAGCUUUAAAGAAAACCAUAAGUCGCGAUAGUAGUGAUCAAGUAAAAGAGAAGGAGGACGAUUUUAAGGUGAGGAGUAAACAAUUAGCAAAGCAGGAGAUUAAGCCAAAGGGUUCACCCAAGGUGUUGGGGGAUGGCGUGAAUGAAGUGGAGCAUUACUAUCAGCACUCGACGGUAGAUUGUAGCAUUGGUAGCCUCAUACACAUGGAUGACAUGGGAUAUUUCAAAUUGGAUGAAAACUCACGUUUCCUUAAUAUUGGAGUGUAUUCCAAAUGUACCGGUGAUAGCUUGUUGCUGGGCUUUGUGAAUAUACCAGUAGGUCAGAUUUUAGCUGAAUGCUGUGAGACGAGCUUGGUGCAGUGCUGGAAGAAGUUUGAGCUUAGUCCACCGAUGCCGCAGGAUUUAAAAACCCACAAACUUUCCAGUCAAUCUGGCUUCAAUGCAGAUUUAUGCUUUGGCGAUAUGCUGCUCGCUUUUACCUGGGAUGGCAAUCCAAAUCUGUCGCUUAACGAGGCAGCUGUCAAACAGGUUGCUAAAUCCAAAAGCAAAAAUAAUAUUGCUGCCGAAAAAACAGAUAAUGAUAGUGGAAUUUUCGACAACAAUUCAUUACGCUCCGUGCCCAGUUCUAGUUCGCUUGCAUCGACUACGCAAACAUCUUCAAAUCAGCUACGCGCGCACAGUUUUGUUCGCACUCAUUUUCAGCGCGCCACUCAAUGCGAUUUUUGUGGCAAGAAGAUUUGGUUAAAAGAUGCCGUACAGUGUAGCGAAUGCGCCAUGUGUUGUCACAAAAAGUGUAUAACGAAAUGUCAAAAUGCAACAGUUUGCGGGCCGGUUGAUUGCUCCACGGCACUACAACAAAGACAACCUUCAAUCUCUAGUACUGCUCCGGAAUUCACCGUUACCGAUGCCGAUGCUUUAGAUGCUUCUGAAGGAGAAGAAGCUAUGCCAUUAGGCGAAAAUGAGGAGACUGUGGAAACAGCAUCCACUAAAGCGCCACCAACUCCGAGCCUCGAGGUUCAUCGAUCAAGUCUGACGGGACUAUUAGCACAGGGAAUGAAACGUGUAAAUUCAGCUAAUAAUCUCGCCAUACCUGGAAUUGUGUCCUCUUUGACUGGUGUCGGUGGUGGUAGUGGCGGCGGCGGAACAGGCGGUAGCAAUACAUCAUUGGCAAAAAGUUUACCACCCAGUCCACAACGAUCACCAUCGCGUAAAUCAUCGUUGGUUUGCAAUCCCUUUGCUACCUUCGAAGUAAUCACCCAGCGCUUGGAGGCUAUACCCACAAAGGCAACGACACUGAGCGUCGAACAGAUAAGCGCCAUCAGUGAGCCUAUAAUGAGCAUCACGAAAGAUGAAGACGUUAUGACUUUGGCUAAGAACGCUAGCAGAAAUCUUUAUAGCAAUAUGAAUGGCGUUGAACGUGUUGAAAAAAUUAAUCUAUUGCUAAGCAAACUUCGUUUAGCUUUAGACAGUGAAACGGCCACUUAUUCCAGCUUGGCAUCCGCCAGUACAACGAAAAAUGACAUCGUUGAUACAAACAAUGCAGUUUUAAAGUCUACAAUACUGAGCAAAUCGGAGGAGCGUGUUCAGGCGCUUAGUGUUAUCAUGCUAUAUCUCUGCACCGCGCUGCAGCAUGCACAGGGUGUCGAAAUGCGUUGAAAUGCAAAAAAAUUUUAAAUGAAAAUACUUUUGGAAUAAAAACAUCUAGGAAAAAUGCAAGUACUAAAUUAAAAGAAGAAAAAAUAACAAAAAAAAAUCAUACCGAACAUACUGAACUGAAGGCUGAAGUAUUACAAAAGUGGAAUUUUAAUGUAGCGUUAAAGCACCCCUCAAACUCCUUAAACACUUUUAAAGAUAAUGAUCCGUUUCGAGUAUUAGGUUAAAUUUUUGUGAACUUACCACAAUACAUGCAUAGAUGUAUUAUUCAGAAAUCUCACACAACAAGGUGCUUUAAUGGAGUUAAUUUUAUGGAAAUCCAAAUACAAACAUACUCAUAAAUAGUGCUGAUUUUAAAAGUUGGAAAUUAUAAGUAGAAUACAGUAGCUACAAGUGUAUUUUAUUGAUAUGAGUAAAAAACGAACUAGUAAAAUAUGGGGGACCAAAAGUAUUAACUAUAUAAGUACAUACAUACUAGCAUACUUCUUUAAUAGCUGUGUAGUACACAUAUUCGGGAGCUUACUGUUGUUGAAUGAAAUUUAGUGUCGAUCUAUGUAGCGUAACUCAAUGGUGUUUGCAUGUGUGUAGAGUAGGGAUGUCAAUAUCGGAAAAUCGGGAUCCCGGGCUAUCGACUAACUAGUAGGGAGGAGUUGAUUAAAAUCUCAAUAUUGUUGAGUGCUAUUUUUUUUAUAAGCUUGAAAUAGGAAAAUAUUCGUCACAAAAAUAUCUCUUUUAAAGAAAGGAA